AUCAGCGUCAUUUUGACUAGGGCAAAGGACUCCAAUCUCUUUAUAUACUUGCUAGGAACACUUCCUCCGCUCUUGAACUCCGUUAACCUUCAAGCGCCAUCGCGCCAUGCCCAGGUUGUAUCACGAGUCGAGAAGCUGGCAGUUCCCACAAACGCCAUACGUUUGCUUCAUAGUCCUCUCUGUCAUCACCUUGACCAAUGUCGCCUUUACGCUGUAUAACAUAUCUCUCAUCAACUCCUUCACUCUCCAGACCCCAAGAGAGUAUACCUGGAUGGGUGACGACCACCCUGCCCAACUUCCGAUAGACCUGCCCGACGUCAGCCUUGUUCUCCAAGAAGGGCAUGGUCAUUUUGACCUCUGGGACGACGACGAGUGGGGUUCACUCUUCCCUUCCGAUGGGUUCGCGCGAGUCGGUCCUCACAACCGCACGUUCGUCAUCUCUCUCUACCACCAAUUCCACUGUCUAGACGUCAUCCGAGUUGGAUUUCUCGUCAACCGAACGCACGCCGCCCAGCAUAUUCAGCAUUGUUUGAGAUAUUUGAGACAAAUACUAUUGUGCCACGCCGAUACGACGCUCGAACCCGAUAUUCCGCAAAUGGCGCCUGAUGGGAGCUGGCAUCACACGGCGAAUGGCGUGGGCGCGGUGCACCGGUGUAAGGACUGGACAAAAUUGACGGAUUUCAUGCUGGAGAAUCCGAGUUUACCAAUCAACGAGGAGUACCAGGGGAAUAAUAGAAUUGACACCAGUAGGUAAACUUGCAUGUCGUGUCUAUGCACACACAAAGAGGGGCUGUUUCGUUUCAUUGGAACAAUACUGCAUUGGUGAUCAUCCCAGAUAGAUUGUUACUGGUUCUUUCACUGAAGACUGGUUCUUAUUACAAUGUCUAACCCAACUUCUACUGCCUACAUAACUUACGUUUGUAUCCGAAUGUGGAAAAGGGAGCCUCAGAAUUAUGUUAAUGUUUGUAGUUCACGUAGGGUAUCGUACACAACGUCAGGGUUUCGCAAAGACAUCAG